AUGUCCGGUUACGCCUACGACGGACCCUCGUCCUCGUCCGCACCACCGCCGCCCUACUCCGUGACCGCAUCCGCCUCCGGCUCCGGUCACUUUGGCUCCACGUCCUCGUCCCAGUUCCCGCCCCCACCCACAACCGCCGCCGCCGCCGGUCCGUCCUCGGGCUAUCCCUCGGGCUACCCUUCUUCCUCCUCUGCCGUCGACGGUCUCGGCAUCGUGGACUCCAAGUGGCGCCUGGCCGAUCCUAGGUCCUCCUCGGCUCACUCGCUUGCCCCGUCCACAAAGGACCGCGACGGUGUCACCCGCCGGACCCUGCUCGUCAUCUACAUCCACGGCUUCUACGGCAACGAGUCGUCCUUUCGAUCGUUCCCCGCUCAUGUCCACAACCACCUCAAGGACGCCCUCACCGAGACACACGUCGUUCACUCCAAGAUCUACCCCCGCUACAAGACGUACAAGGCCAUCGAUGUGGCUCGCGAUAACUUUAGCCAGUGGCUGGAGCCGCACGAGUCUGACUCGACUGAUGUUAUCCUCGUCGGACACUCCAUGGGAGGCUUGCUCGCGGCCGAGGUUGCCAUGAUGCCCAACCGGCACCCUUAUCGUCGGUACCCGUACAAGCAUCGCAUCCUCGGCACCAUUUCGCUGGAUUCGCCGUUCCUGGGACUUCACCCAGGCAUCAUUGUCGCUGGCAUCUCCAGCCUAUUCAGACCGGCCUCACCAACAGGGGAAAAGCCAGAGCACGAGGCUCUCAACCAGCUGAGCCCUACCAACUCGGCCCUGACCAGUCCCAACCCGUCCAUGUACACCCUGGAGACGACGAGCUCACUGGGUGCGGACCUUUCACCUCAUCCGAGCAACACGCCAUCAAUGUCCUCGAGCAAUGCGCCGCAACGGCCGGAUCCAACCUUCAACCCAUCCUUCUUCAAUGACGUGAACCUCAAAGAUCGUACCUUCAUGAGGCGGCUGGGCCACUUUGCAAAGAAGCACAGCCGCGAGGGCAUCUGGGACGCCACCAAGAACCACGUCAUGUCUCAUCUCGAAUACGGCGGCUGCUUGGCGGAUUAUCCAGGUCUAAACGCCCGAUACAACAAGCUCCGCGCCAUGGAGAGCGUCGAUCCGUUGCAGCACAUGGGUGACGGCAACAACUACGGCAACAACGUCAACAGACCGACGCCGGUCAGAGUCCGCUUCAUCAAUUACUACACUCUCAGCUCCGGCCGACCCAAGAAGCCAAAGACGCCAGACUCGCCCAAGUCUCCAGAGUCACCUACGUCCCCCGAGCACCGCGCGGCUCCGAGUACGUCACAGGUCGGCUCUCAUCUCUCUCCGCCGUCUUCGUCGACGCCCAGGAUCUCUCUGUCGUCUGACGACGGCCAGGAGAUGGAACUGCUCGAGCCGAUACCGAUGGAGGACAUUGAUGAACGGCUUUCCACGCUCCACGAGGAACAGCAGGCACGGUUUGACCACGAUACCAAGACAGGCUUGCACUCGACCGACGCACGUGACAAGGAAGUGCGAGAAUCCAAGGGCAAGGGGAAGGAAGGCGAUGUCGACUCACACGAGACGCCCAGUACCGACGCCGAAGCCGGUGUCGAAGCCGGUGUCGAAGCCGGGCCAGCAGCUUCUGCUUCAGCCACGGCGGUCGCUGAGGGGGAAAGCCCUGAGCCUGGCACGGCGCCGCCCAUGGGAGACAUCAUAUCCGAAGCAGAACUACCGCCCAUCCCCGACCUCCCCGAACAGCCGACGCCUCCGGAUCUAGAUAGGUACACGGAUAAGGAUGCCCGGAAACAAGCAGAGAAGGAAGGUAAGCGCGCGCAAAAGGCGUACGAGUCCGCCGUCAAGAGUCGCGAUAAAGCCAUCAAGGAGCGCCAGAAGCUCGUCGAGAAGCGCCGCAAAAAGGUGGAAAAGGAGGCCGCCAAAGAGGCGCAGAGAAUAGAAAAGGAGGGGCUGAAGCAGCAGAAGGAAGAACAGAAACGGCGGCAGCAGGAAGAGGAAGCGGCUCGAAAAGAGGCGGCUGAGGAGACGCACGAUCAGAAGGAGGCGCGGAGGCUCGCGGAGGAGGCGAAGAGGAUGGGGAGGGAGGGGAGGAGGUUACGCGGGGAGCCGAUCGAUAGUGACGCCGAGGGUGAUGAUGAUGAUGAUGAUGAGAAGAAGAAGUCUGAGAAGGUCGAGGCCGAGAUGGCGGCGAUGGUCAUUGCCGGGGCCGCGGCCGCUGCGCCGGAAACGGUAGCUACUGCGGCGGGGGCAGCAAAAGACCGGCCGCCCGCUGUCGCCGCACCAUCUUCGUCCGCGGCGUCCGUUAACACGACCCAGACGGGAGAAGCCACCAACGACACAACCACAAGCCGCCCCAAGGCCGUUGCCGCACACUCCAGCUCCAACUCCAAAUCCAAUGCCAAAUCCACCGCCAAACCAGACAAACCCAAAAAGGAACGCAAAUUCUGCACCCUCCCCGGCAAGAAGAACGGCAAACGCGACGAGACGUGGGUGUCGGUGUACAUGGAGGGCAUGGACGAGGUCGGCGCCCACUGCGGCUUAUUCCUCCCCGGCCCGCACUACGACACGCUCAUUGGCGACGUCGGGGAGCGCAUCGUGGCGUGGGUCCAGGAUGACAUGAGCGUCAGGGCGAUAAUGGAGAUGCCUUGA